GCGACGACUCGAAAAUAAAUUUUGAACUUUCACCAAGAAGUCCACAAAAGCCGACACGAUCGCAUCCAUCUAUACAAGCAGGGCCUGACUUGAAACACAGUAGAGAUGGUCAAUCUCAAUACAGCCUCCAUGCGCUACCUGACGCCAGACGAUUUCCGGGUCUUGACAGCUGUUGAGCUUGGCUCUAAAAACCACGAAGUCGUCCCUACACCUCUCAUUGCAUCAAUCGCUAAACUACGCGGCGGAUCAGGUGGUCCUGUUGCACGGUGUAUCUCAAAUCUUGCUAAAAACAAAUUGAUUGCAAAGAUGAAGAAUAUGAGUUAUGAUGGAUACAGGUUGACUGGACAAGGCGCUGAUUACCUCGCACUCAAGGCAUUUGCGAAUCGAACGAGUGUUUAUUCGGUUGGUAACCAGAUUGGUGUUGGUAAAGAGUCGGAUGUCUAUGUCGUUGCAGAUGAGCAAGGCAAGCAGAUGAUUCUCAAGCUGCAUCGACUUGGUAGGACCAGUUUCAGAUCCAUCAAGAAUAACAGAGACUACCUCAAACAACGCAAAUCAGCGAGUUGGCUUUACAUUUCAAGGCUCUCUGCAGUCAAGGAGUAUGCGUUCAUGAAGAUUCUACAUGAGCAUGGUUUCCCAGUGCCACAACCAAUUGAUCAAGCGAGACAUUGCGUUGUUAUGGAAUUCAUUGAUGCAUUCCCACUACGCAUGAUUGAAGUUGUAUUGGACCCAGAAAAGCUCUACGACGACAUUAUGGCCCUUGUUGUCCAGCUCGCAGAAGCGGGCUUGAUUCAUGGUGACUUCAAUGAGUUCAACAUCCUAGUCUAUGAGUCUGGUAAGCCCAUGCUGAUUGACUUUCCACAGAUGGUCUCGAUUGAUCACGAAGAUGCUCAACGGUACUUUGAUAGAGAUGUACAGUGUGUCAUCACCUACUUCAAGCGCAAACUCAACUACACUAGCGAAAAGCGGCCGCCGCAACUCAAGGAUAUUGUGCGCAAGGGAACGCUGGAUCAAGAUGUGCAUGCAUCUGGUAGCAUCAAGCUAUCGAAGCGUGAACUGAAGGAUCUGGAGAGGGCGAUUGAGGACAGUCGUGGGACAAGAGAUGAGGAAGGGGAUGUUGCUGCAGGGAACAGCGAUACUGAAGCUAGUGAUGGUGCCGAAUCGGGCGAAGAAUCAGACGGAGAAGAAGAGCCAUCGGGAGGUCUCAAUGACCUAUGAAACUCAUAUCCGUAUCAGCCUAUACAAGCAUUCUAUAGUCUAUCUAAAGGUUUUGUCUCCUGA